UCAAAGAUGAAAUAGGCGCGCAACCAUGGCGAAGCUGCUUCGUGCUUCGUGUCAAGCCUAUCGAGUAUAGAAUCCUUUUAAGUUAAAUUAGUGCUAAAUAAUAUCAGCUGAAAGCACAAACUCAAUUACAUUCAAAUAUUUGAAGUGCAUUUGUGCAUAAAUAGAUUCUGUCACAAGAAAAGAGAAGAUUAAGAGAUUAAAUGUCAUCGAGGCGAGCUCGUGCAGAUGCAGCAAUAGUGGAACAAUCUACUAUUUUCACCAGAUCUAAGACGCAGAAAAUAAAUAAUAUAAACAAAGAUGCGGCAGAAUUUAUACAGCAAACUAGACAAUCGCAAAGGAGAGAAAAGUCUUUGGAUAUUAAAAAAAAUUUGGAAGCCACUGCUAAGCAAAGUGCCAAAAAAAAAUCGCCUAAUGCAACAGUAAUGUUGAGAAAGUCUGUAAAAAAGAAAUCUUGUCGGAAAUUAAAUUUAGCACAAGAAGCAGAGGCUGAGGAUAAAUUUACAAUGCAAAAUUCAAGCAUGGAUACCAAUGAAUCAUUCAAAAUAUUAAGAGAUAGACAUAAAAUAUCUAUGACAGAACACAUUGAACAUGAUCUUUCUCGGUCAAACAUUUUAAAAAAUUUAGAUUCAAAUAAAAUGCUUAACAAAAAAUUGCAACGAAAAAUUGCUGCCACAGGUGUAAAAAAGUUAUCUAUUUUUGUCACACCUCAAAGCACAUCACCUAAGCUUAGUCUUACUCCUCACAGAUCUAAGAAAACUCCCAAAAAGUCACCAAUUUCUUUAGGCUCUCCAAAGACACAUUCAAUAACUGUCCCAAGGCUAUUUAAAAGUCCAAGAAAAUUGUCUCUUCUUACCACAUCUGAAGAGAAUUUAAAUAAAGCAGAUAAUAAGUCUGACAAUGAAAAAUCGGAAAAAAUUAUAAAAGAUAAGUUAAAUAAUUCUAUAUCCCAAAAGAGCUCAUUAACAUCAUCAAUUACAAAAAGGAAACGUAAAAAAUCUGAUAAUUUAAAGGCAAUUGUACGUAAAUUCUCAAAAUCUCCAAAAAUAGUACUGAAAUCUCCAAAAUCAAAGAAAUCAAAGUCGCGUAAAUUGAAGUUAUUAUCUCCAUCUCAAAAAGUUAAGAAAAAUUCAUUAAAAACAUCUCCUACUAACAUUACUUUUGAUACAACACCGGAUCUUAAUACUCCAAAAUCAAAAAGUAGUACAAAAAAAUCUCCUUUACCUAAAGAAAAAAGUUUAUCAGGAAUUAAACAUCGAUUAAUAAAGGCACUGACAGUUUCACAGAAAAAAGAUGUGCUAGCAGAACCAAUAGUGUUAUUGGAGAGACUAUCGCCCAAAAAAAUACAGAAUAUGCUAACAUCUGCUAAUAAAAUUCAAUCAGAUACUUCAAUUGCAAUAAGAUCUCCCUUCAUAAAUUUAGAAAACAAUUUCGAAGUAUUUACAACUUCUGCUGGAUCAGAUAUGUCUGUUAAUCGAAAUUCCAAUAAUAAAAUAAAUAAAUUAAAGAUUGGAAAUGUAGAGAAACUUACUAAUAGAGUAUCACCAAGAAUUAAAUCACUGAUACAAGAACAAGAUAGAUUAUCUAUACCUUUAAAAUCAUUCAUCUCACAAGAGAAGAAUAUACCAUUAAUAGAUAUGAAUUUAACAUCUAAUACGUCUAUCAUACAUGCAGAUAAUAGUGUUAGAUCAAGACAUAAAAAUCAAUCCAAUAUAUCCAAUGUAAUAUAUAAAAGCACAGCCAUUGAAAAUAUAUCUAAAUCUUUAUUUGAUAAUGAUAUCAAUGAUAAUCAAUUUCACAUUUCAAAUGUCACGAAACGAGAUGCUAUUUAUGAGAAGAAUAGUUUGAUGACACCACAAAAGGAGCAAGAAAACAAAAAGCGUAAUACUUAUGAAUUAGAACAACCGCAAACUGUAAGUUUGCGACAGAUGAUCAAAAAACGUACUUCAAUAGAUGCAAAUUUAAGCUCUAGAAAAAAUUUUAAGAGAGCUAAAGUACAUUUUACAGAAGCAAAAUUUGACACAAGCAAUGCAUGCAAUUCAGUUAAUAAAUCGAUUGGAUCGCAAUCCAACAUAUCACACAAUGUUAAUUUGCAAAAGAAUAAUAUAAAUUCAGCCCAGAAAUCGAGAAAGGUUGAAACUCCAAAGUUUAACCGAAAUUUAUUAGUUUCUUCUUUUAAGACGAGAUCAAGUCCAAAAAUAAAUAUAGUUACACCGAGAGCUGAACUAAGUGAGAUUCAAACACCAAAAACUUUUACAUUAAUAGAAAAGAAAUCAGAGAAGAAGUCGGCGAAAAAAGUACCAAAUUUCGGAAAAAUACACGAACAAAUGUUUGCUAAGUCAGAAUCGCUCGUGGAUGCAAAGAAACGUUUGGAAGACAGGCACUUGGCAUUCUUGGGGAAGAAAGUUCUUCCAAAAAUAGAUGCGGAGAAGGAAAAGAAAAAACCUUUGCCAACUGACACAAAAGAUGGUACUCACAAUAGAUUUGGUUUUAAACUAAGAAAGAAUGAAGCUACGCAUGUCAUAUUGACAAAGCAAACUACUUUUUCAAGAGAGAAGCAACAACAAAAAACGCGGAUGACGCUGAAGGGUGUACGAACAAAUCGACGUUUUGAAUUACAAAUGAUAGCUCGCAAUCUAAAUCCAUGAAGAUCUAUUUUGUGAUAUCUUGUAACUUGAGCUUUUGAUAAUGUAUUUUGUUGCAUAAGUUUUACUUAUUGAGGUAUGAAAAUAUUUUUGCUAAUAUGUAUUAACCUUGAAAACUUUGAGAGUUUUAUAAGGUAUAUUUUGCGUGUUCUAUUUCACAUUCAUUUGGAUGUAAAUAUCAAGAAAUAUGUAUAUCAUAUGCUGUCCUUUAAUUUUUUAUUCUAAUGGGAGAACUACAAUCUUGUUUUUGUUACAUAUAGAAUUGAUGAAUUGCCAUGUCAAUUUGCAAAUAAAAAUAAAAUAAAGUUUUAAAUUAUUUGAAUUAUAAAUAUUAUUGAUAUAGGGACAACAAAUGAUUUGAUAGUUUAUAAAUACUUUAAAAUAACAAAAUCUCUAAUAUAAUUUAUAAGAUAAAAUGUUCUACAACAAUAUUUUUCAGAAAACUAUUGAUUGAGAUUUCAGUAAGUCAGUUCAAAACUGAUUUAGUGAAUUUUCGUAAUCUAUUAAGAAAUCUAUUAAGAAUCAAUUCAACUUUCUUUAUAAUUAAGUUACUAAUAGUAUUGCCAAAUAAACUUGGAUCAUGAUUAUACUAA